UCCUUUGUGCUCAGUUCCGUGGCUGGUGCCAAAGAGCGUUUCCACCUAGAGCUGUAGGUGAAACCUGCUCACAGCUGCGAUGCCCUGCCCCUCGAGAUCCGAUGAGUUGUUUUUCUUUGUGAACGGGAGGAAGGUGAUAGAGAGGAAUGCGGACCCUGAAGUCACUCUGCUGACCUUCCUACGAAAGAACUUAGGCCUCACGGGAACCAAGUAUGCCUGUGGAAGAGGAGGCUGUGGUGCCUGCACCGUGAUGGUGUCUAAGUGUGACCCCACAUCCAAGAAGAUAAGACACUUCUCCAUCACUGCAUGCCUGGUGCCCAUCUGCUCUCUGUAUGGAGCUGCUAUCACCACUGUAGAAGGUGUCGGAAGCAUCAAAACCAAGCUUCAUCCCGUACAGGAAAGGAUCGCCAAGAGCCACGGCACCCAGUGCGGGUUUUGCACCCCUGGGAUGGUGAUGUCCAUGUACACACUGCUCAGGAACCACCCGCAGCCCUCAGAGGAGCAGCUCAUGGAAGCCCUGGGAGGUAAUCUAUGCCGCUGCACUGGGUAUCGGCCAAUUCUCGAGAGUGGAAGGACAUUCUGCGUGGAGUCAAAUGGCUGUCAACAGAAAGGAACAGGAAACUGCUGCUUGGAUCAGGGAGAAAAUGAUUCUUUCUCACGUGGCAGGAACAGUGACAUUUCCACAGAGUUAUUUACGAAAGACCAGUUCCAGCCUUUGGACCCUACCCAGGAGCUCAUAUUUCCCCCAGAACUCUUGAGAAUGGCAGAGAACCCAGAGAAAAGAACCCUGAACUUUCACGGAGAGAGGGUUACCUGGAUCUCUCCUGGGACCCUCAAGGAUCUCCUGGAGCUGAAAGUGAAACACCCCGAAGCCCCUCUCAUCCUUGGCAACACCUCACUAGGACCUGCAAUGAAAUCUCGAGGACAUUUGCACCCAAUUCUCCUCUCUCCUGCUAGGAUUUCUGAGCUGAAUACGGUGUCUAAAACAAGCGAGGGACUGACAAUAGGUGCUGGCUGCAGUCUGGCCCAGGUGAAGGACAUCUUGGCUGAAAGGGUUUCUGAGCUCCCGGAGGAGAAAGCUCGGACUUAUCGAGCCCUCUUGAAGCACCUGAAGAGUCUGGCAGGCCAGCAGAUCCGGAAUAUGGCGUCCUUAGGAGGACAUAUCAUAAGCCGGCAUUUCUAUUCGGACCUGAAUCCAAUUCUGGCUGCGGGCAACGCUACCCUCAAUCUGAUAUCAGAAGCAGGUACGCGGCAGAUUCCUCUAAAUGAACAUUUUCUUGCUGGGUUGGCAAGUGCAGACCUUAAGCCAGAGGAAAUUUUGGAAUCUGUGUAUAUCCCUCAUUCUCAAAAGUGGGAAUUUGUGUCAGCCUUCCGACAGGCUCAGUGCCAGCAAAAUGCCUUGGCUGAUGUGAAUGCUGGCAUGCGAGUCCUCCUCAAAGAAGGCACAGAUGCCAUUGAGGACCUGAGCAUCGCCUAUGGAGGGGUCGGGACGGCCACCGUCAGUGCACGCAAAUCUUGCCAGCAGCUGCUAGGGAGGCGCUGGAAUGAGCUGAUGCUAGAUGAGGCUUGCAGGCUGCUUCUGGACGAAGUCUCCCUCCCAGGCUCAGCUCCAGGGGGGAAGGUGGAAUUCAAGAGGACUCUGGUGAUCAGCUUCUUCUUCAAAUUCUACCUAGAAGUUCUGCAGGAACUGAAGAAGCUAGCGAAGCUGUUCUCUGCACCUGACUGCCUUCAUUACCCUGAAAUUUCAGACCAGUUCCUAAGCGCUCUAGAAGAUUUCCCGGUCACAGUACCCCAGGGAGUCCAAAAAUACCAGAGUGUGGAUUCUCGCCAGCCCCUCCAAGACCCAGUCGGACGCCCCAUCAUGCAUGUAUCAGGUCUUAAACAUGCCACAGGUGAAGCUAUAUUUUGUGAUGACAUCCCUAGGGUGGAUAACGAGCUGUACAUGGUGUUGGUGACCAGUACCAGAGCCCAUGCAAAAAUCAUAUCAAUUGAUUUGUCUGAGGCUCUCGAACUACCCGGGGUGGUUGAUGUGAUAACAGCCAAAGACAUUCCUGGCACCAAUGGUGCUGAAGAUGACAAACUGUUGGCUGUAGACGAGGUACUCUGUGUGGGCCAGAUCAUCUGUGCUGUGGUUGCAGAGACAAAUGUACAGGCAAAGCGAGCCACUGAAAAGAUAAAGAUCACUUACGAAGAUCUGGAGCCCGUAAUCUUCACCAUCGAGGAGGCCAUAAAACACAACUCAUUCCUAUGCCCUGAAAAAAAACUUGAACAAGGAAACAUUGAGGAGGCAUUUGAAAAAGUAGAUCAAAUUGUCGAAGGAGAAGUCCAUGCUGGAGGACAAGAACAUUUUUACAUGGAAACACAAAGAGUGCUCAUUAUUCCAAAGACAGAGGACAAAGAACUAGACAUUUAUGUGUCGACGCAGGAUCCAGCCCACGUGCAGAAAACAGUGUCCUCUACUUUAAACGUCCCCAUCAACAGGAUCACCUGUCAUGUAAAACGAGUGGGUGGAGGUUUUGGUGGGAAGGUAGGAAGACCAGCUGUAUUCGGAGCUAUUGCAGCUGUAGGCGCUAUCAAAACUGGUCACCCCAUUCGCCUUGUUCUUGAUCGGGAGGAUGAUAUGUUAAUAACCGGGGGAAGACACCCAUUAUUUGGAAAAUAUAAAGUGGGAUUCAUGAAUAACGGGCGAAUCAAAGCUCUAGACAUCGAGUGCUUCAUUAACGGAGGAUGCACACUGGACGAUUCGGAGCAGGUUAUAGAAUUUCUUGUACUAAAGCUGGAAAACGCGUAUAAAAUCCGUAACCUCAGGUUCCGGGGCCGUGCAUGCAUGACAAAUUUACCGUCCAAUACAGCCUUUCGAGGAUUUGGCUUCCCACAAGGAACCCUGGUGACAGAAUCUUGCAUCACAGCUGUGGCAGCCAAAUGUGGCCUUCUGCCAGAAAAGAUCAGGGAGAAAAACAUGUACAAAACUGUUGAUAAAACCAUCUACAAACAAGCAUUCAACCCUGAGACCCUGAUAAGAUGUUGGAACGAAUGUCUGGACAAAUCUGCCUUUCACAGCAGAAGAAUACAAGUGGAAGAGUUUAAUAAAAAGAAUUACUGGAAGAAGAAAGGCAUUGCUAUUAUCCCCAUGAAGUUUUCAGUCGGCUUUGCCGCUACAAGCUAUCAUCAGGCAGCUGCACUCGUUCAUAUCUACACAGACGGGUCUGUAUUGGUCACACAUGGAGGCAAUGAACUGGGACAAGGUAUUCACACCAAAAUGCUACAGGUGGCCAGCCGUGAAUUAAAAAUACCCAUGUCUUAUGUGCACAUCUGCGAAACAAGUACAGCCAUGGUGCCUAAUACAAUUGCUACAGCAGCAUCCAUAGGUUCAGAUGUCAACGGCAGAGCCGUGCAGAAUGCUUGUCAGAUCCUUCUGAAACGCCUUGAGCCCAUCAUUAAGAAAAAUCCAGAUGGUACAUGGGAGGACUGGAUAGAAGCUGCUUUUGAACAAAGAAUCAGUCUUUCAGCCACCGGAUACUUCAGGGGCUACAAGGCCUUCAUGGACUGGGAGAAGGGAGAGGGUGACCCGUUUCCAUACUAUGUCUAUGGAGCAGCCUGUUCUGAGGUUGAAAUCGACUGUCUGACAGGAGCUCACAAGAAAAUCAGAACAGACAUCGUCAUGGAUGCAUGUUGCAGCUUAAAUCCGGCCAUUGAUAUUGGGCAGAUUGAAGGUUCAUUUAUUCAGGGAAUGGGCCUUUAUACCACUGAGGAGCUAAAAUAUUCUCCAGAAGGUGUCCUAUACUCUCGAGGUCCAGAUGAGUACAAAAUUCCAACCAUCACUGAUGUCCCAGAGGAGUUCAAUGUCUCCUUGUUGCCAUCAUCACAAACCCCACUAACCAUCUAUUCAUCCAAGGGCCUGGGGGAGUCUGGGAUGUUCCUAGGGUCAUCUGUAUUCUUUGCCAUUGCUGACGCUGUGGCCACAGCACGCAGGGAGAGAGACAUAGCCGAGGACUUCACAGCGAAGAGUCCAGCGACGCCAGAGCGUGUUCGAAUGGCCUGUGCAGAUCGGUUUACAGAGAUGAUUCCAAGAGAUGACCCUAAGACAUUUAAACCUUGGUCUAUCCCUAUAGCAUAACACUGCCGUCAUUUCCUUAAAAGGUGUUUCAAUUUUUCACAAGUGAAAAGAUAAGCUUUUUGAUCCUAACUGGACUCUACACUGAUAUUCUUAUGCUGUUGGGAAAAAAAAUGACACACAAUUUAGAAACAUUAUUCAAGUCUGAUUACAUUAACAAGAUGAAUUAUUAUCUGCAAAUUACUUACUUAGACUUUCUAGCCUAGAGGCCACCAGCCUAGAGACAAACCACUGCAAUAGUCACAGCAAUCACAUUUAAAACUGAUAUGUUUUCUGAAGAUAUCAUGUAAAUAUUGCUAUAAAAGCAAUUUUUUCCUUUGCAUAUCCAUGCAACUGGACUGGUAAUACCAGUUACAAUCCUAGAAUGAAAGACAAUUCUCAGUAGAUGAACAUGUGAUUGCUUUUCCCAGGAAUGUGUUUGAUUCAGUGGCCACAGCUGUGGACACCACAAGAGUUCUACAAGGUUUUGUUUGGUUUGGUUUUUACUGUGGAUUAGCUAUGGGUCUGCGUAUGUACAUUUGACCGCAAAGGAGUGGCACUUUCCUCAUGUAGAUCAGCUAUUCAACUGGUUGACAUUCCUUUGGAAUUUGGAGGGAGAAAACAGCGUAAAAACAUUUUCAAUGUAUUUUCAUGAACCCUUUUAUUUUUUAAAUUUAUUCAUGAAAAACAUCUGAGCUGGGAUCAGAAUUUCAGAAAUACUUCUUGUUCAUUUUCCCAUAUAUUGAAGAGGGUAACAUGGAGCAAGAGAAUUCUACAACAUAAUCACGCAUAUGUUGUAGUUGGAAACAUAUAAGAUCCACUAAAUUCCAUUUCUCUGAGCUCCUUCAGAAAAAGAGAAAUCAGUUUAUGAAUUAGGCCUUAUUUGACCAGAAAGUCAGGAGGUAAACUGACACUCUACCAGCCAGAAUUCACAUGAUCAGUUUCACCAAGCAGUCCUCUUGGUGGACUCUGAAGAAAAUGAAGGAGGAGAGGCUGAGCUGAGCCCUUGGUGAUUGGUGAGAGAAAGUAAAGAUCAGGCAUGGAAAGCCAGGAGGAAGCAGAAGGUCACAGGAGGCACUGAAUCUGUCUGAUUGAAGGAACUGGGAUAUAGCUGUUCAAGGCCCAGUCUGCUGACUUUGGAGGCUCUCCUACGCACAGGAGUCCAAGGGAAGAAGUGGUACAGGAGCACAGAGAGAAAGGAGACAGGAGCAGAAGGGUCAUGGACAGGACAAAAAUUACGCAAGAUUUUUACAUACAUGAGCAGAAGAGCUGGGCAACUUAGUGGGAGUAGCUGGGGUGAAAUAAGUUCAAAGUAAUUUUAAACAAAUGGUUUUGCUCUUAAAAAUAAAAUCCUUAAUUGUGUAAUCUAAUAUGAAUGUGAGAAAAGUGUUUUAUCAUUUGUAUCAUUUUAAAUGAUG